AUGAUGGUUAAGGAGUGUGAAGACCGAAUUACACAGCUCGAGGGAUCUUUGGGAGACAUACAUGGAGAGGUCUCAGCAAUCAAGGCUGGCUGUGAGAGCAUGUCAUCACGGCUUGGAGUGUUGGAAACACAUAUGACAUCGAUUGCUCAAAUCCUUUCACGCAUCGAAGCUAAUUCUUCCUCAGGACAUGGUCAAACUAGCGGCACUAAAUCAUCAUCGCUUGAUUCACCUCAGGUAAAUCAUCCUCUUCUUGACCUGGAAGCUAAAUCGCUAGGGAAACGUUUACUGUGCAUACAACAAACUGGAGAGAUUGCAGAGUAUAUCAACGAGUUUGAAGAGUUAUCAACUCAAGUGACUGGUAUUAGUGAAGCCACCUUGACGAAUGCCUUUUACAAUGACUUAAAACCUACGAUGAAGGAAGUUAUAGAGAUGAAAGAUCCUCAAGGAUUGACCAAUCACAAGGCAGCUGUUAUGAAGAUGCAAUCUUCUGGCUUUUUUCAGACGGCCUUAUCGAGCGUUCGCGUCCUGAGCCGAACACCGGCCGAUCAGGAACGAACGUACCGUGAUCGUCCCGCGCACAACAUCCGCGCCAUCCCGCCAAGUCCACGGCCGAGCUCACGUACCGACCCGGGAAGCAACGUCCCGCGGUCGAGCCGUUCUUGCCUCGCCACCACAAGCCGUGCACGACCGCGCCCGCGAACCGGGAAGCAAUGUCUCGCGGCCGUGCGGCACAACCCAUGUCCCACGGCCGAUCCAUCCGUCCGACCAGGAAGGCUUCGUCCCACGUCCGGCCAAAACCUUUGGCCAAUCCAUCCAUCCGCCGACCACGACGGCCGAACGAAAACUCUCGGCGUGCCGAUAGCCGACCACGACCCGAUAGCCGGCCGAUCGUCCCGACCGACCGUCCGAACGUCCGAUCGACCCGAAGCCCGUUUUGAAGCCCGUUUCACACGUUUUCACGGCCCGGCUUAA